GAACAAAGAUGGCGGCGAGUGACGGUGUACGACUCUUGUUUCUCGGAAUUCUUUGUAUUUUUCUUCUGGAACUAUGCAACGGCGCCGCGACGGACAUCGAAUUGGACGCGAAAGCACAGCUGUUGCAUCGACUCGACAGUCUUAAUCUUCUACUCUACACUUUCCUAUUAAUUUUAACCGUUUUAACGAUAUGGAUGUUCAAGCACCGUCGUUUGAGGUUCCUCCAUGAAACUGGCCUAGCUGUCAUCUAUGGCUUGAUCAUAGGAGCAAUAAUACGGUAUGGUUUUACAACAAGUAGUACUAUUCUUCAUAUGCCGGUAGUACCGGAUAACAGCAGCAAGUACAAUCAGUCUGUCCCACCGGACACACUAUGGUUACGUUUCCCAGAGGAUAAGGGUGGUGGUAUUGUGAAAAACAAAACGUUUGCUUAUUCGUUUCGUGGUGAAAUUUAUAAGGAAGAUAAUGAAAUUGAUUUGAAGGCAACAUUUGACCCUGAAAUAUUCUUCAAUAUUAUAUUGCCUCCUAUCAUUUUCCACGCAGGGUAUAGUUUAAAGCGUAAAUAUUUCUUUCGAAAUUUGGGUGCCAUUCUUAUGUAUGCUUUAAUAGGAACCUCUAUAUCAGCCUUCUUUAUUGGAGCGUUGAUGUACGCCUUCAUACAAUUAAUACCGCAUCUCUCCACGUCGUUCACAUUUCUGGAUACUCUAUACUUCGGCGCUCUGAUAUCUCCCACGGAUCCCUUGACAAUAAUAUCCAUUUUUAACGACUUACACGUAGACGUUAAUCUAUAUGCCUUGGUAUUCGGUGAGAGCGUGUUGAAUGACGCGGUCGCCCUUGUACUUAGCGGCUCGAUACAAAACUACGCCGAGCGAUACCAGUCAGGAUCGGGCGGUUUCGAGACAGUGGCAUUCUUCCAAGCAUUCGGAGAUUUUGUAGGAAUAUUUAGUCUGUCGCUUUUUAUUGGUGCCACAAUGGGAUGCAUUACAGCAUUGUUAACGAAGUUCACCAGAGUACGAGACUUCCCUCUCUUAGAGUCGGCGUUGUUCGUCUUGAUGUCUUACAGCACAUUUUUAAUCGCCGAAGCUUCUGACCUUACAGGCGUGGUCGCUGUUUUAUUUUGCGGAAUAUGCCAGGCUCAUUACACUUAUAAUAAUUUGAGCCUGGACUCACGUCAACGUACGAAGCAGUUGUUCGAGUUGUUAAACUUUUUAGCCGAGAAUUUCAUAUUCAGUUAUAUCGGCGUCUCGAUGUUCACCUUCCCGAAGCACCACUUCGAUCCUGGCUUCAUCUUCGCAGGAUUUCUGUGUGCGCUACUGGGUCGCGCGGCUAACGUUUACCCGUUGUCUUUCAUUCUGAAUCUGGCGCGAAAGCCGAAGAUAUCGUUGAACUAUCAGCACAUGCUGUUCUUCGCGGGAUUACGCGGCGCUAUGAGCUUCGCUCUCGCUAUUAGAAACACUGUGUCGGACGCCAGGCAAGCUAUGCUAACCACGACGAGCUUAAUUGUGAUAUUGACGGUUAUUUUGCAAGGUGGGGCGACGACACAAUUCUUAAGCUGGUUCAAUAUUCCCGUCGGGGUAGACGAAGAGAUAGAAGGUCUCUCUCACAAUGGAACACGUAGUUAUAAUUCUAUGCAGGAUGGAUCGUUGUCAGGCGGUGGCGGCGGCGGCGGCGGCGGUGGCGGUGGUGGCGGUAGUGGCAGUGGCGGUGGUAGUGGCGGAGGCGGAGGCGGCGGCACAAAACCUAACGAAAAGGCGUUGCUCGCCAGAAUUUGGGGCGAUUUUGAUACAAAGUAUAUGAAGCCCCUACUAACGCACUCUAGGCCUACGUUGUUAGAAACGUUGCCGGUUUGCUGUAGUCCGCUCGCGAGAAUUCUUACGACAACGCAACAAAUGACGCAGGAUGACGUCGCGAGAAAAGCCGACUCGGAUUCCGACUUCUGUCUGGAAGAUCGCGAAAUGGAGCGACGGAGGACCAGUGUUCAGCCGGUGAGUUUUCAUCAGCCUAAUCUCAAUUACACUGUUAAUCCGUGCUAUCAGCCUAACAGCACAGACGUUACUAACCCCGACGAACCCUAUCUGGGGACUGUGAUGGGAGAAGUUAGUCCGGGACCACUACCGCUGCACACACGAGUCGCCCUGCCAGGUCUGGUCGGCAGACACUUGUAAAAUUCUGUCCUAUAGCCGUGCUGCUCACGUUCCGUUUUACCUCGUUCACCCACCCUCGUACGACUCGCACACAGUGGUUUAACUUGACUACAGCCUGGAAUGCUUCCUUUACAAUAUUAUUUAUCUUAAAUUACAAGACGUAAAUGCCGACCCAAAUGUUCUCUACUUGGACAGAGAGAAAGAACAAAAUGUAUCAAAGUGUACGGUGCAAAAAAUCAUCACAGAUGAAAGUUGUAACAUUACCAUAUUUAGCCGAUUUUGAGUGUAAGCCACUGUAAGCGAUUGCGUGCGCAACUUACAAAUGUAUUGGUCGUAGAAAGUUCACGGUGAGCUCUAUAAAAGACAUCGUUGGAGUUGUUCAUCAGCCGUCGAACUUAAGGAGCUAGUCGUACUUCUCACUAUGUAGCAAUGGAUACUGAUUUAGAAAGUGGAGCACAUCCGUCACUUCUAAUAUAUACAACUUGUUAGUAUCUUAAAAGAGAAAGGGCUAAUUUCCAUUCUCCUUUCAGGUUUUAUACUUUUCAUUUGUAGAUGUCUUGGAAACAAUGUAAACAUUGGAAAAUGUGAAUACGUUAAUUAGAUUGAUUAAUUGUUAUUUUAGAUCAUUGUGUAGAAACUUGAAUUUUUUAUGCUAGUUAAAAUUUAGAAUCUCUUUUAUUUUUUCUAUGUAGAUUUGUAUAAAUUUAUAUAAUUUUAAUUAUAAAGGAUGAACAAAUACGACCGACACAGCAGAUGUAGCUAAGAACAAUCUGCUUUGCCGCACGUAUUUCCUGAGAUCUCCACGAUUCAAAAUUAACAUGAAAUAGACAUUAGCUCUUUUUUCUCAUACUACACAAGUACAGAUAUGUUACAUUUAUCGGUUUUGCUAGGUUUGUAGUAAAUGCUAGGUUUGUUAUAAAUUAAUUUAACGGCCACCGUAUGGUAUUAAUUAUUUUAUCGUGAGAAGUUUAAUUCUAGUAUUUACCCGGUGAAAACUGUAGUGCAAAUAAUACACGCGGAUAAAGUGAGAUGCUUAUGGCGUAAGAUCGACGACCUGUAUCUAAUCAAUAUGCAUUGUGCGUCUGAAUAUAAUAACUAAGAAAAACGAUAGAGUUGUUUCAUAAAAAAAACUGACUUAUAUAGCACGCGUUAGAUGUAAUAAAAAUUGUAUAUCGAUUCUGUGUACUGUGAACUGUGGUGUAAAACGAUUAUAUUAUAGACUUGCUUAUAUGUCAUGUUACGCAACUCCAUUGUAUUUGGAAGUAUUCUGCAUUGAUUCGAUAAGGGUUGACGUAUUAACAAGAAUAUCUCGGUCAUAGGAAUUUAAUUUAAAUAUUUUUAGCGGUCGGCAAAUUGAUUUUGCUGUUGUACAAAGCCUAUUGUACUACUUGCGGAGUGCGGGGCACUCAAAUCUUACAGUUUAUAUUGUAAUUACUUUAGUGCAAAGAGACAAGAUGUACAAGACGGUAGAGGCUUCGAAGGUUCAUCGAUUAAUUUAUACAUUCGGAGAGUAGAUAUUUAUUGGCUUCCAGGCAUUGUUAUAAAUUCCGAUUAAGAUCGAAUAAAAGUAAAUGUUGUGUAUCCCCAAAGCUCUAUUAUACAAAUAUUAUUAAAAGUAUAUAGACCGAUUAUAAGGUAAUUCUGAAGUAAGAAUAUAAAGUUACGAGUGAAGAUGCGAGGACUCUUAAUUUAGUCGUUGGCUGUGAAGAUUUGAUAAAAUUGUUUGCGGAUGUAGGGUAGAUACUUUAAGAGAGAAUUCUUAAAACAGGGGGGAAAUAGUCUGCAUAGAACAAUAUUUAUGACACAUAUAACAAUUUGCAAAUUGAUUCUUUAACGUAAAUCUGUGUGUAUAUCGCGAGAGAAUUGUUUUUAAAAUAAGUUGUAUUGGUUUGCGUCGUUAUGAUGAGCAAAAUCGCGACAUUUCAUGAAUAUAUAUUGGUCCUUCAUAUAAAUAAAUAUAUAUAUACAUAUGUUUGUGAAUCUGGUGUAACGUAUAAUAAUUGCAAUGUAUACAUACAAUGAGUAAUGUGAUACCAUGUACCACACUUUGCAAGGUUUAAUAAAGUAUUUGUAAAAAUAAAA